CCUUACAAGUCCUUCUUGAUCCUGAAGUGGAAUAGGUGCCGCUGUUGCUGCUGGUGUUGAAUUCAGGACCGUAGCGGAACAUGGGGCUGGAGGACGAGCGAAAGAUGCUGACUGGGUCCGGAGAUCCCAAAGAGGAGGAAGAGGAGGAGGAGGAAUUAGUGGAUCCUCUAACAACGGUGAGAGAGCAAUGCGAGCAGCUGGAGAAAUGUGUAAAGGCUCGGGAGCGGCUAGAGCUCUGUGAUGAGCGCGUAUCCUCCAGGUCAAAGACAGAGGAGGAUUGCACAGAGGAGCUCUUUGACUUCCUGCAUGCAAGGGACCAUUGUGUGGCCCACAAACUCUUUAACAGCUUGAAAUAAAUGUGCAGACUUCACCCCAGCCUUCAUGACCUGGUCAUCAGGAUACUUUCUUAUGGUUUUGACCAUGCCAUUUGUUUAUUUGUGUAACUGUAAGUUCAUGUGAACCUCAUGGAUUUUAGCUAGGCAGGUAGCUUCUAUGUAAUUAGCAGUGAUUCCUCUUAAUAAAGGCCAGUGAUCUGCAGA